AUGACAAGGCCUCUUCUUCUUCCAGAAGCUGCUGCUGAUGAAGCAUCUUCUUCAUCUGAGGAUGCUCUUGAUAAGGCCUCUUCUUCUUCCGAAGCAGCUGCUGAUGAAGCUUCAUCUUCAUCUGAGGAUGCUCUUGAUAAGGCUUCUUCUUCUUCCGAAGCUGCUGCUGAUGAAGCUUCAUCUUCAUCUGAGGAUGCUCUUGAUAAGGCCUCUUCUUCUUCCGAAGCUGCUGCUGAUGAAGCUUCAUCUUCAUCUGAGGAUGCUCUUGAUAAGGCUUCUUCUUCUUCCGAAGCUGCUGCUGAUGAAGCAUCUUCUUCAUCUGAGGAUGCACUUGACAAGGCCUCUUCUUCGUCUGAAGCUGCUGCUGAUGAAGCUUCAUCUUCAUCUGAGGAUGCUCUUGAUAAGGCCUCGUCUUCUUCCGAAGCUGCUGCUGAUGAAGCUUCAUCUUCAUCUGAGGAUGCUCUUGAUAAGGCUUCUUCUUCUUCCGAAGCUGCUGCUGAUGAAGCAUCUUCUUCAUCUGAGGAUGCACUUGACAAGGCCUCGUCUUCUUCCGAAGCUGCUGCUGAUGAAGCAUCUUCUUCAUCUGAGGAUGCUCUUGAUAAGGCCUCUUCUUCUUCCGAAGCUGCUGCUGAUGAAGCAUCUUCUUCAUCUGAGGAUGCACUUGAUAAGGCCUCUUCUUCUUCCGAAGCUGCUGCUGAUGAAGCUUCAUCUUCAUCUGAGGAUGCACUUGACAAGGCCUCGUCUUCUUCCGAAGCUGCUGCUGAUGAAGCUUCAUCUUCAUCUGAGGAUGCUCUUGAUAAGGCCUCUUCUUCUUCCGAAGCUGCUGCUGAUGAAGCUUCAUCUUCAUCUGAGGAUGCACUUGAUAAGGCCUCGUCUUCUUCCGAAGCUGCUGCUGAUGAAGCUUCAUCUUCAUCUGAAAAUGCACUUGAUAAGGCCUCGUCUUCUUCCGAAGCUGCUGCUGAUGAAGCUUCAUCUUCAUCUGAAAAUGCUCUUGACAAGGCCUCUUCUUCUUCCGAAGCUGCUGCUGAUGAAGCUUCAUCUUCAUCUGAGGAUGCACUUGAUAAGGCCUCUUCUUCUUCCGAAGCAGCUGCUGAUGAAGCUUCAUCUUCAUCUGAGGAUGCUCUUGAUAAGGCCUCUUCUUCUUCCGAAGCUGCUGCUGAUGAAGCUUCAUCUUCAUCUGAGGAUGCUCUUGAUAAGGCCUCUUCUUCUUCCGAAGCUGCUGCUGAUGAAGCUUCAUCUUCAUCUGAGGAUGCUCUUGACAAGGCCUCUUCUUCUUCCGAAGCUGCUGCUGAUGAAGCUUCAUCUUCAUCUGAAAAUGCUCUUGAUAAGGCCUCUUCUUCUUCCGAAGCUGCUGCUGAUGAAGCUUCAUCUUCAUCUGAGGAUGCACUUGAUAAGGCCUCGUCUUCUUCCGAAGCUGCUGCUGAUGAAGCUUCAUCUUCAUCUGAGGAUGCACUUGAUAAGGCCUCUUCUUCUUCCGAAGCAGCUGCUGAUGAAGCUUCAUCUUCAUCUGAGGAUGCUCUUGAUAAGGCUUCUUCUUCUUCCGAAGCUGCUGCUGAUGAAGCUUCAUCUUCAUCUGAAAAUGCACUUGACAAGGCCUCUUCUUCUUCCGAAGCUGCUGCUGAUGAAGCAUCUUCUUCAUCCGAGGAUGCUCUUGAUAAGGCUUCUUCUUCUUCCGAAGCUGCUGCUGAUGAAGCUUCAUCUUCAUCUGAGGAUGCUCUUGAUAAGGCCUCGUCUUCUUCCGAAGCUGCUGCUGAUGAAGCUUCGUCUUCAUCUGAGGAUGCUCUUGACAAGGCCUCGUCUUCAUCCGAAGCUGCUGCUGAUGAAGCUUCAUCUUCAUCUGAGGAUGCUCUUGAUAAGGCCUCUUCUUCUUCCGAAGCUGCUGCUGAUGAAGCUUCAUCUUCAUCUGAGGAUGCUCUUGACAAGGCCUCGUCUUCAUCCGAAGCUGCUGCUGAUGAAGCUUCAUCUUCAUCUGAAGAUGCUCUUGAUAAGGCCUCUUCUUCUUCCGAAGCUGCUGCUGAUGAAGCUUCAUCUUCAUCUGAGGAUGCUCUUGAUAAGGCCUCUUCUUCUUCCGAAGCUGCUGCUGAUGAAGCUUCAUCUUCAUCUGAAAAUGCUCUUGAUAAGGCCUCUUCUUCUUCCGAAGCUGCUGCUGAUGAAGCAUCUUCUUCAUCUGAGGAUGCACUUGAUAAGGCCUCUUCUUCUUCCGAAGCAGCUGCUGAUGAAGCUUCAUCUUCAUCUGAGGAUGCUCUUGAUAAGGCCUCUUCUUCUUCCGAAGCUGCUGCUGAUGAAGCAUCUUCUUCAUCUGAGGAUGCACUUGAUAAGGCCUCGUCUUCUUCCGAAGCUGCUGCUGAUGAAGCUUCAUCUUCAUCUGAAAAUGCACUUGAUAAGGCCUCGUCUUCUUCCGAAGCUGCUGCUGAUGAAGCUUCAUCUUCAUCUGAAAAUGCUCUUGACAAGGCCUCUUCUUCUUCCGAAGCUGCUGCUGAUGAAGCUUCAUCUUCAUCUGAGGAUGCUCUUGAUAAGGCCUCUUCUUCUUCCGAAGCUGCUGCUGAUGAAGCUUCAUCUUCAUCUGAGAAUGCUCUUGAUAAGGCCUCUUCUUCUUCCGAAGCUGCUGCUGAUGAAGCAUCUUCUUCAUCUGAGGAUGCUCUUGAUAAGGCCUCUUCUUCUUCCGAAGCUGCUGCUGAUGAAGCUUCAUCUUCAUCUGAGGAUGCUCUUGAUAAGGCUUCUUCUUCUUCCGAAGCUGCUGCUGAUGAAGCUUCAUCUUCAUCUGAAAAUGCACUUGACAAGGCCUCUUCUUCUUCCGAAGCUGCUGCUGAUGAAGCAUCUUCUUCAUCUGAGGAUGCACUUGAUAAGGCCUCUUCUUCUUCCGAAGCUGCUGCUGAUGAAGCAUCAUCUUCAUCUGAAAAUGCUCUUGAUAAGGCCUCUUCUUCUUCCGAAGCUGCUGCUGAUGAAGCUUCAUCUUCAUCUGAAAAUGCUCUUGACAAGGCUUCUUCUUCUUCCGAAGCUGCUGCUGAUGAAGCAUCUUCUUCAUCUGAGGAUGCACUCGACAAGGCCUCUUCUUCAUCUGAGGCUGCUGCUGAUGAAGCUUCAUCUUCUUCUGAAAAUGCUCUUGAUAAGGCCUCUUCUUCGUCUGAAGCUGCUGCUGAUGAAGCUUCAUCUUCAUCUGAGGAUGCUCUUGACAAGGCCUCUUCUUCUUCCGAAGCUGCUGCUGAUGAAGCUUCAUCUUCAUCUGAAAAUGCUCUUGAUAAGGCCUCUUCUUCUUCCGAAGCUGCUGCUGAUGAAGCUUCAUCUUCAUCUGAGGAUGCUCUUGAUAAGGCCUCUUCUUCUUCCGAAGCUGCUGCUGAUGAAGCUUCAUCUUCAUCUGAGGAUGCUCUUGAUAAGGCCUCGUCUUCUUCCGAAGCUGCUGCUGAUGAAGCUUCAUCUUCAUCUGAAAAUGCUCUUGAUAAGGCCUCUUCUUCUUCCGAAGCUGCUGCUGAUGAAGCAUCUUCUUCAUCUGAGGAUGCUCUUGAUAAGGCCUCGUCUUCUUCCGAAGCAGCUGCUGAUGAAGCUUCAUCUUCAUCUGAGGAUGCUCUUGACAAGGCCUCUUCUUCAUCUGAGGCUGCUGCUGAUGAAGCUUCAUCUUCAUCUGAGGAUGCACUUGAUAAGGCCUCUUCUUCGUCUGAAGCUGCUGCUGAUGAAGCUUCAUCUUCAUCUGAAAAUGCUCUUGACAAGGCUUCUUCUUCUUCCGAAGCUGCUGCUGAUGAAGCAUCUUCUUCAUCUGAGGAUGCACUUGAUAAGGCCUCUUCUUCUUCCGAAGCUGCUGCUGAUGAAGCUUCAUCUUCAUCUGAGGAUGCUCUUGACAAGGCCUCUUCUUCUUCCGAAGCUGCUGCUGAUGAAGCUUCAUCUUCAUCUGAAAAUGCUCUUGAUAAGGCUUCUUCUUCUUCCGAAGCUGCUGCUGAUGAAGCAUCUUCUUCAUCUGAGGAUGCUCUUGAUAAGGCCUCUUCUUCUUCCGAAGCUGCUGCUGAUGAAGCAUCUUCUUCAUCUGAGGAUGCACUUGAUAAGGCCUCUUCUUCUUCCGAAGCUGCUGCUGAUGAAGCUUCAUCUUCAUCUGAGGAUGCACUUGACAAGGCCUCGUCUUCUUCCGAAGCUGCUGCUGAUGAAGCUUCAUCUUCAUCUGAGGAUGCACUUGAUAAGGCCUCUUCUUCGUCUGAAGCUGCUGCUGAUGAAGCUUCAUCUUCAUCUGAGGAUGCUCUUGAUAAGGCCUCUUCUUCUUCCGAAGCUGCUGCUGAUGAAGCUUCAUCUUCAUCUGAGGAUGCUCUUGAUAAGGCCUCGUCUUCUUCCGAAGCAGCUGCUGAUGAAGCUUCAUCUUCAUCCGAGGAUGCUCUUGAUAAGGCUUCUUCUUCUUCCGAAGCUGCUGCUGAUGAAGCUUCAUCUUCAUCUGAGGAUGCACUUGACAAGGCCUCGUCUUCUUCCGAAGCUGCUGCUGAUGAAGCUUCAUCUUCAUCUGAGGAUGCUCUUGAUAAGGCCUCUUCUUCUUCCGAAGCUGCUGCUGAUGAAGCUUCAUCUUCAUCUGAAAAUGCACUUGACAAGGCCUCUUCUUCUUCCGAAGCAGCUGCUGAUGAAGCUUCAUCUUCAUCUGAGGAUGUACUUGAUAAGGCCUCUUCUUCGUCUGAAGCUGCUGCUGAUGAAGCUUCAUCUUCUUCUGAAAAUGCUUUUGAUAAGGCCUCUUCUUCUUCCGAAGCUGCUGCUGAUGAAGCAUCUUCUUCAUCUGAGGAUGCUCUCGACAAGGCCUCUUCUUCUUCCGAAGCUGCUGCUGAUGAAGCUUCAUCUUCAUCUGAGGAUGCACUUGAUAAGGCCUCUUCUUCUUCCGAAGCUGCUGCUGAUGAAGCAUCUUCUUCAUCUGAGGAUGCUCUCGACAAGGCCUCUUCUUCUUCCGAAGCUGCUGCUGAUGAAGCUUCAUCUUCAUCUGAGGAUGCACUUGAUAAGGCCUCUUCUUCCGAAGCUGCUGCCGAUGAAGGAUCCUCAUCUUCUGAAAAUGCUCUUGACAAGGCCUCUUCUUCAUCUGAGGCUGCUGCUGAUGAAGCAUCUUCUUCAUCUGAAAAUGCACUUGACAAGGCCUCUUCUUCGUCUGAAGCUGCUGCUGAUGAAGCUUCAUCUUCAUCUGAGGAUGCUUUUGAUAAGGCCUCUUCUUCUUCCGAAGCUGCUGCUGAUGAAGCAUCUUCUUCAUCUGAGGAUGCACUUGAUAAGGCCUCUUCUUCUUCCGAAGCUGCUGCUGAUGAAGCUUCAUCUUCAUCUGAAAAUGCUCUUGAUAAGGCCUCUUCUUCUUCCGAAGCUGCUGCUGAUGAAGCUUCAUCUUCAUCUGAGGAUGCUCUUGACAAGGCCUCUUCUUCUUCCGAAGCUGCUGCUGAUGAAGCUUCAUCUUCAUCUGAGGAUGCUUUUGAUAAGGCCUCUUCUUCUUCCGAAGCUGCUGCUGAUGAAGCUUCAUCUUCAUCUGAGGAUGCUCUUGACAAGGCCUCUUCUUCGUCUGAAGCUGCUGCUGAUGAAGCAUCUUCUUCUUCUGAGAAUGCUCUUGAUAAGGCCUCUUCUUCAUCUGAGGCUGUUGCUGAUGAAGCUUCAUCUUCAUCUGAGGAUGCACUUGACAAGGCCUCGUCUUCUUCCGAAGCUGCUGCUGAUGAAGCUUCAUCUUCAUCUGAAAAUGCACUUGACAAGGCCUCGUCUUCUUCCGAAGCAGCUGCUGAUGAAGCUUCAUCUUCAUCUGAGGAUGCACUUGAUAAGGCCUCUUCUUCUUCCGAAGCUGCUGCUGAUGAAGCUUCAUCUUCAUCUGAGAAUGCUCUUGAUAAGGCCUCGUCUUCUUCCGAAGCUGCUGCUGAUGAAGCUUCAUCUUCAUCUGAGGAUGCUCUUGAUAAGGCCUCGUCUUCUUCCGAAGCUGCUGCUGAUGAAGCUUCAUCUUCAUCUGAAAAUGCACUUGACAAGGCCUCUUCUUCUUCCGAAGCAGCUGCUGAUGAAGCUUCAUCUUCAUCUGAGGAUGUACUUGAUAAGGCCUCUUCUUCGUCUGAAGCUGCUGCUGAUGAAGCUUCAUCUUCUUCUGAAAAUGCUUUUGAUAAGGCCUCUUCUUCUUCCGAAGCUGCUGCUGAUGAAGCAUCUUCUUCAUCUGAGGAUGCACUUGACAAGGCCUCUUCUUCGUCUGAAGCUGCUGCUGAUGAAGCAUCUUCUUCAUCCGAGGAUGCUCUUGAUAAGGCCUCCUCUUCUUCCGAAGCUGCUGCUGAUGAAGCUUCAUCUUCAUCUGAGGAUGCUCUUGACAAGGCCUCUUCUUCAUCUGAGGCUGCUGCUGAUGAAGCUUCAUCUUCAUCUGAGGAUGCACUUGAUAAGGCCUCUUCUUCGUCUGAAGCUGCUGCUGAUGAAGCUUCAUCUUCAUCUGAGGAUGCUCUUGAUAAGGCCUCUUCUUCUUCCGAAGCUGCUGCUGAUGAAGCAUCUUCUUCAUCUGAGGAUGCACUUGAUAAGGCCUCUUCUUCUUCCGAAGCUGCUGCUGAUGAAGCUUCAUCUUCAUCUGAGGAUGCUCUUGAUAAGGCCUCUUCUUCUUCCGAAGCUGCUGCUGAUGAAGCUUCAUCUUCAUCUGAGGAUGCUCUUGAUAAGGCCUCGUCUUCUUCCGAAGCAGCUGCUGAUGAAGCUUCAUCUUCAUCUGAAAAUGCUCUUGAUAAGGCCUCUUCUUCUUCCGAAGCUGCUGCUGAUGAAGCAUCAUCUUCAUCUGAAAAUGCUCUUGAUAAGGCCUCUUCUUCUUCCGAAGCUGCUGCUGAUGAAGCUUCAUCUUCAUCUGAGGAUGCACUUGACAAGGCCUCGUCUUCUUCCGAAGCUGCUGCUGAUGAAGCUUCAUCUUCAUCUGAGGAUGCUCUUGAUAAGGCCUCUUCUUCUUCCGAAGCUGCUGCUGAUGAAGCUUCAUCUUCAUCUGAGGAUGCACUUGAUAAGGCCUCUUCUUCUUCCGAAGCUGCUGCUGAUGAAGCUUCAUCUUCUUCUGAGGAUGCUCUUGAUAAGGCCUCUUCUUCUUCCGAAGCUGCUGCUGAUGAAGCUUCAUCUUCAUCUGAAAAUGCUCUUGAUAAGGCCUCUUCUUCGUCUGAAGCUGCUGCUGAUGAAGCAUCUUCUUCAUCUGAGGAUGCUCUUGACAAGGCCUCUUCUUCGUCUGAAGCUGCUGCUGAUGAAGCUUCAUCUUCAUCUGAAAAUGCUCUUGACAAGGCUUCUUCUUCUUCCGAAGCUGCUGCUGAUGAAGCAUCUUCUUCAUCUGAGGAUGCUCUUGAUAAGGCCUCUUCUUCUUCCGAAGCUGCUGCUGAUGAAGCAUCUUCUUCAUCUGAGGAUGCACUUGAUAAGGCCUCUUCUUCUUCCGAAGCAGCUGCUGAUGAAGCUUCAUCUUCAUCUGAGGAUGCACUUGAUAAGGCCUCUUCUUCUUCCGAAGCUGCUGCUGAUGAAGCAUCAUCUUCAUCUGAAAAUGCUCUUGAUAAGGCCUCUUCUUCUUCCGAAGCUGCUGCUGAUGAAGCUUCAUCUUCAUCUGAGGAUGCUCUUGACAAGGCUUCCUCUUCUUCCGAAGCUGCUGCUGAUGAAGCAUCUUCUUCAUCUGAGGAUGCUCUUGACAAGGCCUCUUCUUCUUCCGAAGCUGCUGCUGAUGAAGCAUCUUCUUCAUCUGAGGAUGCUCUUGAUAAGGCCUCUUCUUCUUCUGAAGCUGCUGCUGAUGAAGCUUCAUCUUCAUCUGAGGAUGCACUUGAUAAGGCCUCUUCUUCGUCUGAAGCUGCUGCUGAUGAAGCUUCAUCUUCAUCUGAAAAUGCUCUUGACAAGGCUUCUUCUUCUUCCGAAGCUGCUGCUGAUGAAGCAUCUUCUUCAUCUGAGGAUGCACUUGACAAGGCCUCUUCUUCUUCCGAAGCUGCUGCUGAUGAAGCUUCAUCUUCAUCUGAAAAUGCUCUUGACAAGGCUUCUUCUUCUUCCGAAGCUGCUGCUGAUGAAGCAUCUUCUUCAUCUGAGGAUGCAUGA